CAGAAAUAGCAACAUUUCCGAAAAUAAGUUCAACAAUCGCUCUCUAAAGAACAAUUACAAUUAUGAUUAAAGUUUAAUUGAUGUUUAUCCCUAUGAAAAAAUAAAUUAUAGGUAGUGCCAUCUCUAAUAUGAACAACUUGACGUCCAUCCUCUGAUCCAUGAAGAUAUCCUGAAACUACCUGAAACCCAUUGUGAUCAAGGGUAUCUAUCACAAUGGUAUCAAUAGACGAAACUCCAACUUUACCAUCAUCCAUAAUCAAUUUGGAUUUGGAGAAUAGAAAUGAUAAAGUUUUCUUCAUUCGAAGAUAUGUCGUUUCCUGUAUGAAUCAAAGAUUUAAUCUUGGUUCCAGAAAAUUCUUAUGUAUGCUUCGAAACUUCCACAGAAAAUGAAAAGCUGGACGGGCGGCUAAAAAGUAUCCAAGUUUAGAUUUUGACAUCAUCAGAUAAUAAUGGAGCUUCAUGUUAUGAUCUCCAGGCUCCUUCUCACCUGUGUCCUUCUGUGUCUCUCGCCUUUCAUUCAUAAAACGUUUGGCAAGAAAGUGCAUGUGCCUGGUGAUAUUAUUAUCGGUGGCCUGGUGCCAAUUCAUCAAAAAUCAUUGAAAAAAGACGGUAAAUGUGGCGAGAUAAACAAGGACAGAGGGAUCCAGAGACUGGAAGCAAUGUUAUUCGCAAUUGAUAAAAUCAACAAUGAUCCUAAUUUGUUAGGUCAUAUCAAAUUAGGUGCCAUAAUCUUAGAUACUUGCGCUAGUGAUAGCUAUGCUCUUAAUCAAUCCAUGGAAUUUAUUAGAGCAUCUGUGAAUACAAUAGAUGCCAGUUCCUUUGAGUGUAAGGAUGGUAGCCAACCAAAAAUGAAAGCGGUAACUAAAGCAAUUACUGGAGUAAUUGGUGGUUCUUAUAGCGAAGUUUCUGUGCAAGUCGCCAAUUUAUUACGAUUAUUUAGGAUACCACAGAUAAGUCCUGCUUCAACGAGUAUAUCGUUAAGUGACAAAACACGUUAUGACUUUUUUGCAAGGACGGUACCACCUGAUAGACAUCAGGCAAAUGUACUUGUAGAUCUAGUACAGAAAUUCAAUUGGUCUUAUGUGUCUCUGGUGGCAUCCGAGGGACAAUACGGAGAUUCUGGAAUGACUGCUUUCACUAAGAAAGCUCGUAAUAAAAAAAUAUGUAUAGCUGUAAGUGAAAAAAUACCACACUCACCCACUGAAGAAUCAUACGAUCACAUAUAUAAAAACUUGCUAUCAAAACCAAAUGCGAGAGGUGUGGUACUUUUUACAAGAGCUGAAGAUGCUAAAGGAAUUUUAAAAGCAGCCAAAAGACACGGUGAAAAUCACUUAAUUUGGAUAGGAAGUGACGGUUGGGGAACACAAGAAAAAUUAAUGGAAGGUCUGGAAGAUGUUGCAGAAGGUGCUAUUACUGUAGAAUUGCAAUCCAAAGAAAUUGAAGAAUUUGAUUGGUAUAUGAAAAACAAAACUGUUUACAAUAACAAAAGAAAUCCAUGGUUCAAAGAAUAUUGGGAAAGUGUGUUUUCUUGUAAGCUUCCUCCUAAUGGUUUAGAAGAAAAAGACACAGAAAACAACACAGAAAAUGUUGUUUGUUCACCUCACUUGAGAUUAGACGAAUCGGUUGGUUAUAAGCAAGAAUCUAAAGUUCAGUUCGUAGUGGACGCUGUAUAUGCAUUUGCUCAUGCUUUGCAUGCUGUAUGGACGAAAUUAUGCAAACCUCGAAACGAAUCAUAUUGCAGUGAAAUGGAAGAAUUAGAUGGAGGAAUUUUAUACAAAGACUAUCUUCUCAAAGUUUCAUUUAUAGACUUAGCAGAAAGCCAAGUAAAAUUUGAUUCAAAUGGUGAUGGUUUGCCGCGUUACAGUAUCUACAAUUAUCAAAGAAAAAAUAAUAGCAAUCAGUUUGAAUANGAAGGUGAAACACUUUACGCUAUUUUCUUUAUCAAACGCUUUUGCUUAUAA